UAUGGGCAUGCGUACGCUCGCCACUCGCUUUCCGGUUUAUUUCGUUUGGUUGGUGUCGGUGAGUCGUUAGAUGGGUUUAAUGUGUACACAUAAAUAAACUACAGCCACGAUGACUGAACCCGUGAGGCAUGGUUGAGAGCAAGCAGUGGUAUUCGCGGUGACUGUCGGAGACAAAGCACCGCUCACCAGAAGACAGCAGUGUACGGAAGAAACAUGACUGUCCGUAGUGCUCACGGAGUCAGAAGAUGCUAGGCCUUGUGCACGGGUGUCUUUGAUGUGCGAUUACAGAGCGUAACCAUCAUAAAGUCUCUGGACCCAGCCCAUUAUGGAUACCGACUAUGAUCCGGAUGCAGUGGAGCUAUGUCCGAUGGAAGAAUACGACUUGGCAAAGGCCAAGCAGCGGGCAUCCGUGCUGUGGCUGGUGUCCAAAGCGCACAACAACAGGCUUCCCAGUGAGCUGCGAGAUCCUUUCUACAGAGACCAUGAGGAACAGGACCGACUCAAGCCUCAGAUCGUGCAGGCGCUGGCCAGUGCAGAGCUCUAUUGUCUGGCACUGGCCAACAUCUAUGCUGACCCGAAUUAUCACAGCCUCAGCCACCAGGGGGUGGUGCAGGCACUGCAACGCAAGGGAGUCGACGUGGAGGCCCCCACGGACGGAUCUCCCCUCACCGAGACGGUGCUAACGCAGACCGCUCCCUUGCGAAUGGGUGCUCACAUGGCUGUCAUUAAUGGCAUCAUGGAACUGUACAUAAAAGAGGUGCUGAUUCCCAUCAAGGUGUUUGAAGUGGUCAGGCGGUUUGCGGCUGUGGGCUACCCGGAAGAAGUGCCCGUUGAUGCGGAGGACGCUGCCCUCUUGUGGCUCAACAAGAGUUCCAUCAAGAUGAGGCAUCGCAUCGAAGACCAUCUUGGCACCUGUCAUGACAUGUCCCAGGACUUUCGCCCGUUAGUGCCCUACAUUCCUGUGAUCCAAGAAUUGCCAGAUCUGAGUGACGGCUGUGCCCUGACUGCACUGCUCAGCUUCUACUGCCCCGACUACCUCUCGUGGGAAGAGCUCUGCCUCAACGACCCCAUGAGCCUGGCGGACUCCCUGUACAACCUCCAGCUGGUCCAGAGGUUCUGUCAGACGCACCUCCCGCACGACGUCUCCUUCCUGACGGUGGAAGACAUGUUGUUCAUGCAUCCAUCCAUUCGUCAGAACGUACUAGCACUCUUGGCAGACCUCAUGUACAUCUUUGAGAUUCGGCCUCCCAAGUGCGUUCGUCGCCCGGGACUUCGCUACCAGGAGCCGCCCCCCGUCGAAGCUUCCAGCAGGCAGAAUGGCCAGAUGCUACGCAAGGCUCGUGCCAGGCAGAACUCGUACAGUCACAUUCCGGACCUGUGUGCCAACAGCGGGAACAACAGCAGCUUCCACCAGAACGGCGCUUGGCGAGGCAGCAAGAGGAACGAGAGUCCCAGAAGCAAGCACCAUUCCCCUCCUGUACGGGAUGAUGGGGAUUCUGAUGGAGUCCACCUCAGUUCUUCCCCGAAGUCCAGGUCCCGCUCGGAUGAUGACGAUGACUUGGCUGGCUAUUUUGUGAGACGCGAGCCAUUACAACCGGCUAGGUUACGAGAGCCAAAGGAACGAACAAACAACGAUGCUAAACACAUGGAGCGCGGAGAAGAUGACUCGUUUCGGCGGAGGCAGCAGCCCGAUGAAAACCGACAGCUGCGGAGAAGUGCUUCGAGAUCCGACGCUCGGCCGGCGGAACCUCCUCCUCCGGGAGGUCUUGUACGCAGGAGCUCCUCAAAGUGUGACUUGCACCAUUCUUCCGAAUUACACAGGAGCGCUUCCCGAAGUGACAUACACUCUGGUUCUCCGUUGCACCGCAAUGCUUCCAGGACGGACCUGCACAGGAGUUUGUCAAGGUCAGACUUGCAGCAGACGAGCUUGUCCCGAAGUGCCUCGAAACCCGACCUGCACCAGCAGAGCGGGGGGCUGUACAGGAGCGCUUCCAAGUCUGACCUGUAUCAGCAGUCCGGUGGCCUGAUGAGAAGCCCAUCGCGGUCAGACGCUUCACCGCUGAGGCGGAGCGCCUCCCGCGGGGACGCGUCGCCCGCCAGGGGUCCCAAGAGCGAGCCGGAGCACACCGCUGGGCGGAACUCCGGCCUGGAAAGCUACUACGACCACCUGGGGGGCUCCGACGCCGACAGGGUGCAGACGCAGAAGUCCGCGGGAUUCCCCUUGAGGAGGGAACCGUCAAUGUCACACAUACUCAACUUCUCCGGAGAGAAAGCUGCGCUGGAAAUGACCGAUCCUUUUGAGACUGACAUGUUCGCUCAAAGCAGGGAAAAAAAGCAGACGACCAGCUUUGCGAAGUUGUCCAAGGAAGGGAACUCGAGCGGAAUCAACAUCGUCUACAUGCAGCAGCAGAACGAAGGGAAUGCACCCAGGCGCAGGAAAGAGGAAGAGCCGGCGCCCGAGGAAGACGCGACGGAUUCAGCCGUAGCGGCUCAGCUGAACAACAUUCGGAUCAAACUGGAGGAACGAAGGAGGAAAAUUGAGCAUGCGAAGAGGCGAGUGGAGGACAGAGUCAAGAAACAAAGGCAGAAGGCUGGGAAAGCAGCUUUCCUGCAGGUGAUUACAAAAGGCAAGGACGAGGUUCAAGAGAAGUCCCCAGAGAGAACGGCAACGAAAGAGAUUGGCCAGCCAUCCUUGAGGGAAAUAACUGAUAACCUUGAUACCGUUAGACGCAAGUGGCUCGACAAACCCGCGGAACUUCUAGAAGACCCCUCGCCUGAUGAUGACAAUGUGGAUCUGGAGGACUGUGUUUCAUCAAUUGACAAGCUGAACAUGAGCCUUACGGAUCUCGAUGAGGACCUGUCCCGGCUAGACAAGCAACAGCGUGCGAUCCAAAACAUGCUGCACGGUGAGCACACUCCAAAACCGACGACGCGAGAUCAGUUCUUCCUGCAUGGUCAGGGAACCUCAGCAGCGCAGCAACCCGUGGCAGCAUCACAGCCGGUGAGCAGGCCGAUAUCACAGCCGAUGUCUCAGCCAGCAAGUCAGCCUAUCUCUCAGCCACUAAACCAACCUAUGUCUCAGCCGGUGAAACAACCUGUAUCUUUGUCAAUGAACCAAUCAAUGCCACAGUCAGUCAACCCACAAAUGCAGCAGCCAGUGAACCCACCCACGCAACAACCAGUGAACCCACCCAUGCAACAACCAGUAAGCCAGCCGAUGUCGCAACCUAUGUCGCAACCUAUGCCACAACCUAUGAACCCACUCAUGCCCAUGUACCAAACACCCUACCAGCAGCAACCAAAUGUAUCACAAUACCAACAGCCUUAUCAGCAGCCCUACCAACAGCCUUAUCAACAGCCCUAUCAACAGACAUUCCAGCCAGCACGGAGGCAGUGGGGCGAACCGAGUAGUUCUUACCCCGUGGAAGCUCCCCCAAGGAGGGGCCAGUGGGGUCCGCCUGUCGUCAGCGUAGCCGAACAGCGGCAACAGUGGGGGCCUCCAGUAUACCCCAUCAGCCAAGUUGACCAACAGUACGGCGACCAGAGCAUGGUCAUGUACCCAAAGCAGGACGAGUACCAGUACAACAGAUACUCAAUGGCCCCCCAGUACUACCAGCAGAACGAAAAUUAUGCAACCUUCUCGGUGCCGCAGAGUGAACAGCCAGUGAAGCAGGCGCAGGACCAGACACGAGUAGAGGCGAUCGCCCGCGAUCCGGAGCCCACGCCUGCGCCGCUGCCUAAACGGGACGCGCCUACCAGGGAGGAGCAGAGGCAGGCGGAGGUGCCUAGUUCCCCCGCAAAGAAAACCCCUAACUAUGGGAAAACGUUUCGAGUCACGAGGAACAAGGCGGCUUCGCCCGCUGCAUCUCCAACGGAGGAGAGUCAGAAAGCGGGUUUCUUCAUCAGUUUCGACGACGAUCAGCCUAAGAAGCCAAAGCCAAAGCUGAGGCCACGAAUUACAAAGCAGGAAGUGGGUGAAGAAAAGCCAUCUGAGGAACCUGCAGCUCAAGACCUCGGGCAGGAAGAUCCUGAGGCAGACGACCCCGGUAACCCUGGCAUCGGCUUUGUCAUUGGUGCUGAUCUGGUCAACCCAGACCCUGAUGCAGAGAGUGAAAUGCAGCGUCGCAAAGAGAUGAUAAUGAUGGUGUGCCUGAAGCGUAAAGAGGAGCAAGAAGCCAAGCGCAUUGCGAAGGAACAGGCCAAUGCUGUCAAGCGCAUGCAGCAACAGUUGCAAAAGGAAGAGCAGGAGCGGAAGAGGGAAGAAGAGAAACAACGACGGCAGGCCAUCCUGGAACAAUAUCGGCUACGGAAAGCUCAGGAAGAAGCGGAGACGAAUUCGAGUUCCUCAGCGUCUACGUGGAAUGCUACUCUUACACGACCGAGGCCAUCUAAUCAUUCAACAUCAAGGUCAUCCUCCAAGCCUAGACCAAAGUCAAUGCACGUUGGUGCAGCCUCUCAGCUUGGCUCCCAUCACCCACUCUCAGGAUCACAGAUCAACCUACAUGAAUGUCGCGGAAGAGCCCCCAGCCCACCUAGCACGUGCUCCGCGGACGGAUGGCGAGCGGCCAGUGACGGAGACGCGUGUUCUACGACGUCGUCGCUGUUGCCUUAUGAGUACACGGGGCCAAAGCUGUUUGUUAAGCCGACAGCCAAGUCCAAUCGUGGCAUAGUCCUCAAUGCUAUCAACACAGUGCUGGCUGGGGCUGUCAACUCUGAGACAAAGGCCAAAGUGGUAGAGGAGAUCAACCAGUCGGACAGCAAGCACUUUCUCAUCUUGUUUCGAGAUGCCGGUUGCCAGUUCCGCGGACUCUAUUCGUACAACCCGGACAGGGAGGAAGUGCUUCGGCUCUACGGCGUUGGUCCGAAGUCCGUCACUCCACCUAUGAUGGACCUGUUUUUCAAAUACAACUCAGGUGGUAAGAGCUUUACCCGCAUCCACACCAAACACCUGACCGUCACCAUCGAUGCCUUGACCAUCCAAAAUAGCCUGUGGUCCAACAAACGGCUUCCUCGGAAGGAUGCUACGUGACGUCCCAGGCGGCCAACCUUAGCUUAGUUCUCGGGGGUCGAAUAUUUUUUAACACUGAUAUAUAGGCUGUAAAAAAAAAGUAUAAAACGUCGUCGCUCUCGGCUGUCCCUUCACUAACGGCUGUCGUGGUCGCAACAUGGAAUUGUAGUUCUUGUUUGAAAUUUUAUGCACUUACUUACACAAUGCUCUAGGGUACAUAACUUUUUUUAUGCACUCUUGGCAGGAAAUUUUUCUUUCCAGAGGAAGGCAUUUCAUGUAAAUACUUUUUUGGGUGAGGUUGUUAGACAGCAUCAUGUUUAGGUAGCUUUUAUUUACUACCACAAGAAUCACGUGUACAGCUGUCAUGUGAUACAGCUUUGCCAAAUGUAUAGCUUUCAGUGGCUCCUAAAAAAAAAACUGCACAAACUGUACAUUUCAAGUUGGGAAUGAUUGAUGCGCCAGGAGAUUGAGUCAGUCCUUGGUUCGCAUACUUGUUUUGUAAUAACUGCUGUAUCAUGCCUCUAUACUGUUAUCUGUUCAGUACUGAACAAUAAAAAUGAUGCUUAACUUUCUA